GCUUCAAUGGAAUGCAAUGUUACAUCAGUUGAUAAAAGAUCAGGAAAGUGCUGCUCGAGCUCAGCAGAUACAUCAGCGUCGGUGCCUGCGCCAUUCAUUCCUGGCUUGGCUGGUUUAUGUCCAGGUUCGCAGGGAGAAGAAAUGUCAACACAGAGUAGCUGAGCAGAUGUACACAAAAAAUGUUGUGUCACGAUACUUUUCUUCGUGGUUCUUGGCCUGGCGUCUUCGAAAGAGCGCCCAUGCCCUUGAGACUCGCAUCAGUGAAUUGAGCAGGAGAUGCAGGCUGCGGAGGACCUUUCAACAUUGGAGUCACUACAUUGUUCUGAGGGCUGAAAAGAUUGCACUGUGCAACUUAGCAGAUCGUCAUUACCGCUGUUACCUGCUGCAAUCGAGCAUUGUUGCUCUGAAAAGUAAUGUGGGAAGCAUUCGUCUGAAACAAAUGCAGAAUAACUUGGCUUACCAGCAAUCAGUCAUAUGGAUGAUGCAAAGGUGCUGGAAUCAGUGGAAGUUACGUUCGGAGAAGCAAGAAGAGCUUGAGCUUGAGGCACAAUCUGGAGAAGCCCAAAAUCACUUCAGGAAGGUAUUGUUGAAGAAAUCUCUGCACUAUUGGAUGAAACACAUUCAAGACAGGAAGUGGUAUGAGCUCCCCUCAGAUUCCACCACUUACCCACUUUGCAUUGUGGGAGAAAACCGGAGCACUGGAGGAAACUUGUGCAGACACAGAAAAUGUGAAAACUCCACACAGACAGCACCAGAGGUUCAAGAAAAAAAGGCUAUGGCUCACUACAGUAGGGUGCUGUUACCUCUUUAUCUGAAAAGGUGGAGAUUGUUUGUGAGUGAGAAGAAACGUCUGCACCAAAUGAAAGAGACUGCAGGGGUAUUUCACAGGGAGAUGGUGCAGAGAUUGGCUUUUUGUACUUGGUGGAACACGAUGUAUCAUCAUCGUGAGAAUCGACUGGCAGAGAGACUGGCAGUGAUUCAUUCUGAUCGACACAUGUUACUUCGUUACUGGUGUUGCUGGCGUGUGCAGACUGCUGUCUGCGUGGAGGAGAGAGAGAAGGAGGUCACUGCUGAAGAUUUUUUUAGGCGUCAGUUGCUGCUUAAGUUUAUUCACUUUUGGAGAAAGACUGCGGCAGAGCAGAAAGCAGGACGAGACAAAGAAAUGCAAGCUGUAAGGCACCGGUACAAGUUUUGCUUGCAGAGGACCUGGAAUGCUUGGCGGCAGUACGUGCAGAAAAAGCACGAGAAGUGGAAGAAGAUGAUGUGUGCUGAUGUCCAUUUUCACCGGGUAUUGCUCUGCAAAGCUUUAAAUGGAUGGAAGGUUUACCAUCAAAUCACUCAGCAGAUUUUAUAUAAGGUGGAUGAGAAGGAGAAAAAAUGGAGGCGCAAUCUCUUGAGAUUUUCUUUCUCCACUUGGAAACAAAAUGCACAUGCCCUGGCUGAUGAAGCAAGGAAGACUGCCAGAGCGGAUCAUCAUUAUCACCAUGUACUUUUAUCGACGGUUCUUGGGUGCUGGAGGGAUGCGAUCUCGAUUCAAGUAUAUCGACGACAACAGAAGGAAAAAGUCGUGCUGAAAGCAAAACAACAUAUUGAUUUUGUUCAUUUGCAGCAUGCGUUUUCUCACUGGAAACGGCUCAGUCAAAUAACAAUGACUCAGCGAGGCAAAUUGGAGGCUGCUUCACAACACUAUAGACAGCAGAUUGCCAAAAAAUGCCUGAUGUCAUGGAAACGGUAUCACGACCAUUGUGUAAGAGUAAUGCUGUUACGGCGACAGGGACAGUGGUUUCAGGCAUAUCGACUUUGCAGAUGCUACUUCACAAACUGGAAAGUAAAACUGUUGGAAAAACAUCGAGAGGACAAGCAGACAGCAAUAGCUUUAUGGCACUGGUCUAUCGUACUUCAGGGAAAGGUAUUUGAUGCCUGGCUAAUAUAUGUGCAGGAGCAGCAGAGAAAAAAGUUGCGCAUUGCAAAAGCAGUGGAAAACUAUAGGAGUCACCUUUUACGAAUGGGAGUUGCUGCAGUUCUUCAGUAUACCUCUGACAUGAUCCAUUUGCGCAACCAAAUUGCUGCUGAACAUCAAGUGAAGACUGCUUAUGGCCUUCAUCAAAUUGUCUAUCGUUGUGCAAUGAUUUGGAAGCAAAAAGUGCUCUGCAAAAGGGAGAGGCUGAAACAGAGGUCCACUGCUGUGACACGAAAAAAAAAUGUGGCUUUCAAGCUUCCAGUUGCUGAUGUUUGCAAAGAGAAAGAUGUCAGUACGAAAAUCGGGAUCUCGAAGAGUGCAUCUAGGAAAAUGAUUACAAAGGCUACAACAAAUCCACUCCAAUGUGAUAGCUUUCCAACAAUGCUACCUGGUGGUGAUACGGACUUUGCCAAUUUACACCUUGCACGUCAGGCAAGACUACAACCAAGAAAACCAACGUUUCUGCUCAAACCAUCACAAAAGAAAAAGCUGGACAGUGGCAACCACAGUGGCAAUGCUUUGGUCCUGGGCCCUUCAAUGUCAACAACCUGUCUAUCAGAAGGCAAAGUGGAGGCUCCAACACAAUCCAAAGUUCAUGAAACAAGGACUCGCACAAGCCGAAGGAUCGGGUCUGAGAAUGAGACCGUUGAGCAUGUUACCUGGCAACCACAAACAGCAAACCCACUGACUGUGCAGUCACAAGUGGCCUUGCGUGUUGCCCACUCUGUUGCUUCAUGGCCCACCAUGGGCAACCUACAGGAGCAGCCAGUGCCGAAGGAGGUCCUUCUGCCUCCCUCAGCAUUCCUGUCCCUGGGGAAGGAGAAAGGGAGUACAAAUGAGUAUCACAACAGGAACAGUGGGUUUGGUGCUCACCAAGUUCAAAAGGAUAAGAGAAUUUUGACUAAGCAGUCACACACAACUCAACAGCUGCUCUCUCCAGAUCGUUUGUGGGACAGAUCAGAAUUCCUCAGUCUAACUUUCCAGGACACAGAUGCUGCCUCUGAUGAAUGUAGUCAGCUGGAGGCUGAGCUGCAGGCAAUACGUCAGCAGAUGCGGAGCUUCCAUGGCAGCAAGCUGAAGCUAAGAAUCUGGCAGAAACAGGCUGCUGUCCUGCAGAAUUGGCUUCAAGUAAAUGCAACAGAAGAGGGAGAAGAAGUAUUGCAGAUGAGGCAGGAACUAGAGCAGCUGGAGACAGACAUCGAAAUGCUUUCAAUGAAGUUGAAGAAAGAUGCACCAUUUAUACAGCGCCACAUUGCCAGAGUGCAGGAGAUCCAGGACAGCCUGACUGUAUGAUGGCAUCCAUCACCAUUUUGCUAUCUUUGGUACGGUGGAUUGAAGAACCAUUGUGUACAUCAUCUCUUGGAGCUUUGUGAGGCCAUGAGAAUGGCUAAGGAAAGGGGGUACAGUGGUGGUUGAACUUUUUCAAAGCCUAUAGAUAUGUUUAAAAUAUAUUUCAUAUUUUUACAUAAAGUAAACCACUUGUAUAACCUUAAGUUUACUCCAAAAUACAUGGCUCUGACAAGGACAGCUUUUGUUGUGGCCCAGUGCUGCAUUUCACAAAUACUUAACCAAGCUCCCACAUAAAUUAGAGAGGUGUACAGCACCCUUGAUUAUAAUCCUUUUCUUGCCUGCCUUCAACCAGGCUUUCUGCAGUGCAGUAGCUGAAUGGACCAAGGUUAAUUCUCGAGGGGGCGGUGGGGUGCAGGCAGAAGGAGACACUGUUUAGAGGAAUACAUGGCAGAAUGCUGGUGAAAUUUUGGAAAAAUCUCAGCAGAUGAUGGACAAUAACCCAUGCACAGAAUCCAUCAUACAUUAAGGUUUCAUACCAAAGAUGUGAGGAAAAUUUAAAGCAAUAAAUUAAAAAUACUUGUGAAAUACUAGUUUAUUUUAUUCCUUGGUCAUUGUUCACUAUUCCACAUGAAAAUAAUCCUGCAGUGAAUGGCAGCAGGUUUGAACCAGACACUCCUGAACUAUAGAAACAGAUCACAAAAAAAAAAUACAAUUAACUGUCAAUAAAAUCUCCUGUUCCUUCUAAUGCUGCAGGUAAGAGAUGCUUCGCACCAAUCUGUGAAAGAAAAUCUAAGGAGCCCUAAAAGGACAUUUGUUAUGGCACUGGUUUAGUGCUUAAGCCAAUAACUGAAUAGCAGUCUCCAGAACACGCAAGGGAGGUCACCAAGCACUAGCAGAAUUUAGUGACACUGUUAACCAAGGGCCUGCUGAUGUGCACUCUUUGGUGGUGGUUUGAUAUAAAAGCACACUGACAGCAAAGAAAAAAAAAAGUCAGCAACCUGGGUUUGCCCCCACCUUUUUAAACCUCAUUUAUGGAUCAACAACAUGAUUUAUAUUAAAAGUAACAGAGAGCAAGGAAUAAUUGUCCCUUAGAUAGUUUAAUUGCAGGUACCCCAACAUGCCUGCUCUAUUACCCUCAAUCAUGCAUUAUUUCUUAGAUGCUACAAUCCAGGUCUAGGAAGCUGGUGCUCAGACCGAGAUAGAUAGAGGUUGAAUCACGAAUGCAGCAGCUUAAACAGGGCUAAAGCCAAAUUGUGAACUUGUAAAAAAUAUAAAUUUAUCUUCAUCAUUUGGAUGUUAAAUACUAAUCAGUGACUUGUUUUACACCUU